UUGGUAACGCAGCCAAGCAGCGGCGUGGCUUAUGGUCAGGGUGGUGGCUUGGGUUCAGGCUUGGCUAAGUAACUUGGUAGUUGAAGGUUGAUUAAUGCGGGUCAGUAAUUUUGUUGGUGUAUCAAUACUAAUCAGUUGAGAAAAAAGAACAAAAAAUAAUCAAAUUUGGAGAAGAACCUAUUUAUCAGUGAUUGACAAAGUUUGUCUCAGUUUAGCCGAAGAAAGCAGACCUAGAAAAUUUUUAAUCAAACGUUCCAGUGCUGAAUAGCUACAUAUAAAUCACACUACACGCUCAGGAUCACAGCUAGCAACAUGUCCAGCACAUCGCAAAAGCACAGAAACUUCGUAGCUGAACCAAUGGGAGAAAAGCCGGUGACUGAACUUGCUGGUGUUGGUGAAGUUUUAGGCAAAAGAUUAGAGGCGGCUGGUUUUGAUAAGGCUUAUGUUGUUCUCGGCCAAUAUUUGGUUCUGAAGAAGGAUAAAGAGUUGUUUCAAGAAUGGAUGAAAGAUACAUGCAGCGCAAAUACAAAACAGUCUCAAGAUUGCUACCAGUGCCUUUGUGAUUGGUGUGAAGAGUUCUUGUAAAUAUUAGGCAAAAUGAGUGACAUUUUUUUACUUUUGUAAAUGAUUGAAGUUGGUUUUUUUUUGUUUUUUUUUUUUUUUUAACAAAAUGAUCUUUCAUAUAACUAUAACUUAAAAGCAUGUUCUACCAAAUUCAAUUGUAUAUAAUCCUUACCUGUACUAAAGAUGAAUACAAAUUUUAACCAAA